AUGAUCACCAUCUCGCCGAACAAACGGCGAAUUCUCGGGUCAUUAAAUCCCAAUCUCAACGCGUCGGCACCCUGCCCGGAGCCGGGCUCCAAGUCUGAGUUCGAGGGUGGGCAACUGGAACAGGAAUUGGAGCUGCAAGUGAACGAAUCGUCUCUCCUUCCCUCUGCAGGGUCGUGUGAGAAAGACCGUGGUGAACAAAAUCAGGAGCCGGCUAGGAAGAGAGUGUGCCUUGAGCGAGAUCAUCGGGGACCACAACACCAGCACCAGCACCAGCAGCAUCAGCAGAUAGAAGCUGGUUAUAUCGGUCAUAGGAAUAGCAGGAAUCAGUCCAGUUCGGCUUCUCCUACCGAGCGGGAGUUCACGGUCUUGUUUAACAGCAAGUCGACUACCAACAACUGCUACCAGCCCUUCAUCCAACCCGCGUGGCAGUCGAAGGAGCACAAGGAGCAGCAGCCUUUUCCGCCCGCCCCCAUGGCCACGAACCAAAUUGCCUAUCCAGCUGGUCUUGUUGGUGGUGGUGGUGUUGGUGGUACCUUCAACAGUAAUCACAAUCACAAGCAGCAGCCAAAGAGGACAAAAGCAAACCAAAACCCGCGUCUUCGGUUGCCGAAUCAGGCGGCUAGACAGAAAGCAGAAAUCCUCCGUCUGCGCCUUAGCCUAGCAGCUUACAAGAUUCAGACAGGGCAGACGGACGUCCCGUUGGAGCAACUGGAGGUGGUGCGUUCUUCGUUGCCAUGGUUCCAGAGUCAACGGCCAGCAGGUGGUGGUGGUGGUAGUGACGGAACGAUGAACCAUCUCAAUGGCUAUCAUGAUUUCACCGACUACUCAGCAAGCUGGAGUUUCAUCAGCAACAGCAGCACCAACAGUAACAACAGCAGUCAAGGCCAGGGGCAAGGUUACGUCCAGCGAGUAAACCACCUCCGCCACGCCGCCGGAGCGGCCAUCGAAGCCGUGCAAGCAAAACAGGAACGUCGGACAGCAUGGGGGCGGGAAAGGGAGAGGGAACAGUAUAGGGAAUGGUAUGAACAGUUUCGUCACCACCACCAUCAUCAUCAAACUUCUGCGUGGGAGGAUGUCGCCGCUGAGCAAGGACAUGAAGAAUUCUCCAAAGAUCAAAGGCGGCGGCGUCAGCACCGCACUGUCAGAAGCGAAAGUGGACGGAAGCCGCUACCUGAUCCGGGGACAAGGGACAGCUGGGAUGGUUCUGCUUCCACAGGCACAGCAGCUGCUGUCACGACCGGGGCCAUGACGACGACGGCGGCGGCGACUACAUCCCCUCAUUUUAGUCGGGUGGAUCUAGCGGAACGCGCACUGCAGGCGCAUCAGAGGCUUCAUUCGAGAGCAGUCACAGAAGAGGUGUUGAUGGAGCAUGAGCAUGAGCACGAUGAGAUCGACGAGGAAGACAGCCUGCAAGUCGCACAUCAACAACAACAACACCAACAACAGCGUCAUCAACAAUACUUGACAACAAACCACGCCCAUAACGGGUGGGUAGUAGUACCCCCUACUACAGAAAAUAUCCAGGAAGUUCCCGAUGACAUUGGUGAAGCUGAAGGGAGGAGAGAGCUGGAUCUGGAUGAUAAUGACGAGGAGGAAGAACUCAUAUCACACCGGGUGGUGGGCUCCGGUUCCGGUUACUCCACUGAGCCCGAACCUCAGCCUGAGCUGCCGAGUUUACCGUCGUACGAGGUGGAUGUGGGGCUUCAGGAUCAGGCGGGAUCUGGAGGUGAAGAGGAAGAAGAGGGAGGUCGAAGAGGAAGAGGAAGAAAAAACAUGGAGAUGGAGACGAGGCAGCUAGUGGGUUGUUGA